GGCUGGGGUGGGACCCGGUGGGCGCCAUGGAGCUGCUGUCGGCGCUGAGCCUGGGCGAGCUGGCGCUCAGCUUCUCCCGCGUGCCGCUAUUCCCCGUCUUCGACCUCAGCUACUUCAUCGUCUCCAUCCUCUACCUCAAGUAUGAGCCAGGAGCAGUCGAGCUGUCCCGGCGCCACCCCAUGGCAUCCUGGCUGUGCGCCAUGCUGCACUGCUUCGGAAGUUACAUCUUGGCUGAUCUGCUCCUCGGGGAGCCCCUGAUCGACUCCUUUGGCAACAACUCCAGCAUCCUGCUGGCCUCAGCUGUCUGGUACUUGGUUUUCUUCUGCCCCCUGGACCUCUUUUACAAGUGUGUCUGCUUCCUGCCGGUAAAACUCAUCUUUGUGGCCAUGAAGGAGGUGGUGAGGGUCCGCAAGAUUGCCGUGGGCAUCCAUCACGCGCAUCACCACUACCACCAUGGGUGGUUCGUCAUGAUUGCCACUGGCUGGGUCAAAGGCUCUGGUGUUGCCCUCAUGUCCAACUUUGAACAGCUGCUCCGAGGGGUCUGGAAGCCGGAGACCAACCAGAUCCUGCACAUGUCCUUCCCCACCAAGGCCAGCCUGUAUGGAGCCGUACUCUUCACCCUGCAGCAGACCCGCUGGCUCCCGGUGUCCAAAGCCAGCCUCAUCUUCAUCUUCACCUUGUUCAUGGUCUCCUGUAAGGUGCUCCUGACAGCCACUCACUCCCACAGCUCCCCCUUUGAUGUUCUGGAGGCCUAUGUCUGCCCUGUGCUGUUUGGGAUGGCCUGGGGGGGCAACCAUCACCAUGACAACCACGGAGGAUCCCUCAGCUCGGCCCUGCCCGCCAAGUCCAAGGAGGAGCUGAGCGAGGGCUCCAAGAAGAAGAAGACCAAGAAGAUGGAUUAGGAGGUGGCCUGGGGGGGCCCACGGGGCGCCAGAGAGAGGACCUGGAUCCAGGACCUUCAGAGCUGGAAUGGGAGUAUCCUGGGCUCAGCUCUCCCCUCUCUGGGCCUCAACUUCCCUGUCUGCAAACUGGGCCAUCACCCCACCCUCCAGGGCUGAUGUGGGCGGUUACAUGAGAUACGGGGGUGCAGGGUGUUUGUAGGAAUGGGAGAGUUCUUCUCUUUCCUGGCUGGGCCCCCGUAGUGUCACAGCUUUUCAGGGGGGCCCACAGAAACCCAGCAGCUCCAGCCAGAAACCCUGGCAUUUAUAUCUUGGUUAUGUUAUUUCCUCUCUGAAAUUACGUCUUGACUCUGAAAGAAUUUCAAGCCACGUGGAGACUCAUUCAUUUGACAGACAUUUCCUAAGUGUCUGCCCUCCUCUAUACACAAGGGCUAAUGUGAGGCUGGACACAGACCAGCCUGAUGAGCUCAUAGGCACCGUGCCGUCAGGAGGGGAGCCUUGGUGGAUGCUCAUUGUGCUUAAAAAUGGCUUUGCAUUUUAGAUCAUUUGUGUGUGUGGAUCAGAGAACCCCACAAAUUACCUGGCACAAAGGAAGCCUUCGGUAGACAUGUUUAGGCCAGACCUGAGAGCUUGGAGAGUGGGGAAGGCUUCUGAUCUUUGGCUUCAGGCUGCCCCUAAACCAAAGAACUGCCGGCAGCUGCAGGGACUCCAAGAUCCAGCUCUGUCCAGGGGCUCUGAGCACUUGCUGUUGGGCCCUGGGAGCAUCACGCCUCUCUUGUGCUGACAUCCCUCAUCGCCACUUAUUCAGUCAUUCAACAAGCAUACUGAUGCCCACUCAGUGCUGAGCCUUGUGCUGCUGCUGGGUGGGCAAACUUCCUUCAGGGUUAGUGAGGGAGAUGGUAGCUGAGGGCCUCUCCCAGCCACCUUCAUCUCAGCCUAGGUCAGCAGGAUGUCUGAGAGGGGUGGGAGGUUAGGCAUGGCCUGUCUCGGGCUUGGGGCUGUGCUCAGGGCAUCAGCCUACAGCUGCAUGGAGGUCGGCCUGGGGUUGGUAGGGGUCCCAGCUGUUGCACAGCUGUUGGGAAAGUGCCUUGAUCCUCUGAUACUUGGGAGGUGGAUGGCUCCUGAGCAUUAAUGCCCCCAAAUUCAUCCUCUUGCAUGUCCAUCGAGGCUGGGCGUGAAGGUUCAGCAAAUAAAUCUGUUGUGAAAGAA